GUGUUGCGAAGUGUAGGCUUCGGCUUUCUCUCUGUUUGUAAGAAGAAACCCGUCUUCCCAGCCUUGGCUGCGGGAGCUUGGUCUUCCAGGGGAGCUCCCCGGGACUGUGGCCUUGAGGAAAGGGAAUGGCCUUUGUGUACAGACGAGGGUCCUGUCCCUAACCUUGACCGGGCCGGUUUCCGUGGAUCGGGGUCAGGAGCGAUUGUGGGCAAUCCAGGUGCAAAAUUUGUACUUAAAACCUUGACUCUCUUCGGGACCCAUGAAGUUUCCCGUUGGUCUGUCAAGCUCUUAGGGCUUGAGGGACAGGACCAAUUUUGACCAUUGUCAUGUUUUUGACCUCUGUUCUGACUUAAGUUUGGCUUGUGGUAGAGAGAAGGAGCGGCUGCGUCUGGACUAGUUAUAGGUUGCACGCUAAGGAAAGUGUCCUUCAGAAGAUCUCAAAGAGCAGAAAACAAGUUUGGUCCGUGUAACCCAGCUUACCUGGAAAGAGGUCCCUCUGAGUUGGAAUGAUAAUGACAGGAUCUGGGGAAGUUAUAGACUUAGACCCUCCCGCGGAGACUUCACCAGAGCAAGAAGACCUUCUGAUAGUGAAGGUGGAAGAAGAAGAUUGCACCUGGAUGAGGGAGUACAAUCCGCCCGUGUUUGAGACUUUCUACCAGCGCUUCAAGCACUUCCAGUACCAUGAAGCGUCAGGCCCCCGGGAGGCCCUCAGCCAGCUCCGCGUGCUCUGCUGUGAGUGGCUGCGGCCCGAGCUGCACACCAAGGAGCAGAUCCUGGAGCUGCUGGUGCUGGAGCAGUUCCUGACCAUCCUGCCCGAAGAGCUCCAGGCCUGGGUGAGAGAACAUCACCCGGAAAACGGAGAAGAGGCUGUGGCCGCGGUAGAAAAUAUAGAAAGAGAACUAGAGGAACGCAGACAACAGGUGCACUGUGGAGAUUUCCUGCCACUCCAGCAAAGAGAAGCAAUCGUGGCGCGUGCUGAAGUGCUUCCUCCGAAGGUCGUGCCGCCUGGAGCCGGGCCCGAGUCCUUCAGUCACCAGCUCCUGCCCGUGGACCCGCAGCCUGAACAGGAGCCGCAGAGGCCUCACCUUCUGGAGGAAAACGCCCUUCCUGCUCUCCAAGUUCCCUCCCUUCCCCUGAAGGACAGCCAGGAGCUGACAGCCUCACUUCUCUCAGCUGGGUCCCAGGAGUUGGUGACGAUUGAAGGCGUGGCUGACGUGGCUGUAUCCUUCAUCCUGGAGGGAUGGGGACAUUUGGACCAGGCCCAGAAGUCCCGCUGUAGGGAUGACAAGAAGGAGAAUUAUGGCAGUAUCACUUCCAUGGAUUACGAGUCCAGGAAUGACAAUGUGGAACUCAUGGUAAAGCAGAUUUCUGAUGAAGCCGAGUCGCCCUGGCUGACCUCAGGAAGCCCUGAAAGAAAUGUCCCCCCGAGUCAAGAGUUUGGAGGAGUUAGCGACCCUCACAGCGUGGUAGAAAGGUGGCAGGUCAACGCCCCCAUGGGGAGAUCAAGGCAGACCCCUUCCCAGAAAAGAGAUCUCGGCGCCAUCACAGACAUGAACCGGAAGCCAAACACCAGCGGCGAGAGAGGGCACCGAUGCAACGACUGCGGGAAAUUUUUCCUUCAGGCCUCCAACUUCAUCCAGCACCGGCGAAUCCACACGGGAGAGAAGCCGUUUAAGUGCGGGGAGUGUGGGAAAAGCUAUAACCAGCGCGUGCACCUCACCCAGCACCAGCGCGUGCACACCGGCGAGAAGCCGUACAAGUGCCAGGUGUGCGGGAAGGCCUUCCGGGUCAGCUCACACCUGGUCCAGCAUCACAGCGUGCACAGCGGGGAGAGGCCCUACGGCUGCCCCGAGUGCGGGAAGAGCUUCGGGCGCCACUCGCACCUGAUCGAGCACCUCAAGCGCCACUUCAGAGAGAAAUCCCAAAGAUGCAAUGAUAAAAUAAGUCAGAAUACAAAAUUGAAUGUGAAGAAGAAAAUUUCAGAAUUUGCAGAAGCAGACAUGGAACCAACAGGACUGAUCCCAAGAAAUGUUUCUCAGGUUCAAGAUUUUGGAGAAGGCCAUGAACACCAGGGCAAAUUGGACAGAAAGCAGGGAAUUCCCAUGAAAGAGAUACUCGGACAACCCUCUUCAAAGAGGAUGAGUUUCAGCGAAGUCACGUGUGUGCACAAAAGGUCCUCCACCGGGGAGAGACCGCAUAAAUGUAACGAAUGUGGGAAAAGCUUUAUUCAGAGUGCACAUCUUAUCCAGCAUCAGCGAAUACACACCGGGGAGAAACCAUUUAGGUGUGACGAGUGUGGGAAAAGCUACAACCAGCGUGUGCACCUGACUCAGCAUCAGCGGGUCCACACCGGGGAGAAGCCCUACACCUGUCCCUUGUGUGGGAAAGCGUUUAGAGUGAGGUCCCACCUUGUUCAGCACCAGAGCGUGCACAGUGGGGAGAGGCCCUUUAAGUGUAAUGAGUGCGGGAAAGGCUUUGGGAGACGUUCACACCUUGCUGGGCAUCUGAGGCUCCACUCGAGAGAGAAGUCCCAUCAGUGUCAUGAAUGCGGAGAAAUCUUUUUUCAGUACGUUAGCCUCAUUGAACACCAGGUUCUCCACGUGGGCCAGAAAAAUGAACAAAAUGGCAUGCGCGGGGAAGCAUACGGCUGGAACUUAACGGUGCUUGAGGAUAAGAAGGUCGAGUUGCAAGAGCAGCCUUAUAAGUGUGAUGUGUGUGGCAAAGCCUUCCGUUACCGUUCGGAGCUCCUCCAGCAUUACAGAACUCAUGCUGCAGAGAAGACCUAUAAAUGGGAUAUGUGUAGGGAGAGCAUUGGCCAGUGUUCCCACACAAAACAACACCCAAAAAGCUAUUCCAACCUGAAAGCCCAUCAAUGUAACGAAUGUGGCAGAGGCUUUGCUCUGAAGGCGCAUCUUAAUCAACAUCAGAGGAUCCAUACUGGUGAGAAACCCUUUCAGUGUAAAGAAUGCGGAAUGAGUUUCAGUUGGAGUUGUAGCCUCUUUAAACAUCUGAGAAGUCACGAGAGGACAGAUCCCAUAGAUACCUGAGGUGUCUAGAGGUUUCUAUCGUAGAACAGCUCUUAACACGAUUUUAGAGAAGCCUUCCUGAAGACAAACCCUACUCCUCUAACGAAUGUAAUAACAACUUCAAGCAUCUCCUCCAACCUAACCGUCAAACCUACGGAUCGGUCGGGAUCCUUCAGUUAGAACUUAGGACACUGGAGCAUCCACAGCAGAUAGAUAGCUGCUUUCCCACUGAGAAAUGCAUUCGUUUGCAUCUUCAAGCUUGAGAGGCUAGACAGGAGAGAGGCUAAGGAUACAGUGGACGAAAGGGAGGCCUUCAGAUGGCACGCACUCUUCACGCAACUCUCAGAACAUUGACAGUGGGAAGAGUCUCACAGGUGCAGUAGGAAUAAGCUUCAUCUGUAGUUCCUGCCUUGUUUGACAGCUUAUCUAUUCAGGGAAGAGCACAGUGAAAGAAAGAAGCCUUCAGCAUGAUCUUGGUUUUGGUACCUCAGCAAUGAACCUUUUCUAGACGUGGUGAUGUCAGCCACUGGAAUGUUCCAGGUGACGUUCUCAUCUUGAGUAUUAAACCUUUUCAAAAGAAAUUGACUUAAGGUAUUUCUGUUUUGGCAAAAUUGAG